AAAAAAAGAUUUCGUUCUUUAAUUCGUACCCUACAAGUUAUACGAAAAAAAACUAAGUGCUAAUCAUUGUGAUUAUUGUAUACGUGCAAAAAUUCGAAAAACUUUAAAAAAAAAAAAAAGAUAUUUUAUUUGUAUAUAUGUAUAUUUAUUUUUUCUUUUUCGAAAAAACACUGUGAACAUUGAUGCGUCGAAUUUUAUUAUCUAUACACAUGUUAUCAAACAGUGCGCGAUCUGAUUAAUUCUAUAAAGAAAAAUGAUUAGAAAAAAAAAUUGAGGAAUUUUAUUUUAUCUAAUUUCUCGCAGACAGUACUACAGCUGUAACGUGUGGCUUGAGUUUUCGAAGACAGAAAUUUCGCGACGUGGUGGGAAAAAAGAAAAAUGAUUUUUUUUUUUUUUUUUCAAAUAACAUAUAAAAAAUCUAUAAAUAUCUUCCGUACCCUAUAGCGUGUAUGAAUAAACGAUGUGUAGAGAGUUAAUCGCACAUUCAGUUCUUGAGAAAUAUGACGUGGUUUAAAAAGUUAGUUGACGAAACUUGUUUACCGCUCAUACACCGUACAACAUUAUACACGAUGCCGAUGAUGAUCGUCGUGUACGAUAAAAAUUUAAAAGCACUAUAGAUUGAGUGUUGAAAAAAAGAGAAAAGGACGAAACAAUAUAAUAACAUACGCGUAUACGUACCAAGGAUUAUUUCAAGUGAUCGUUUGAAUGCGAUGAAAAUAAAUAACUAAAAUAGGUAACUGCGAAAUAAAUGAACGAAGAUUCCGGUGGAGAAUUUUUAUUGAUAUUCGUCCAAUCGAAUCACCGAUGUAGAUCUCAUCGUCGCGUAAUUUUUAUCGUCAUUGUCGAAUAGACGUCAUCGGGAUUCGGACACUUAUAUUGAAUAAAAUAAAAAACAUGGCGAGGGACACGCCUGGGGCCCCGAUGUCCAGGCCUAGAGAUCUAGCAUCCGCUGGAACGACCACCACUAUGACUUCUGGGGCCUUUCAUGCAGCUGGUGGUGCUGAUUCUGCAGCACUUCACGGACACGCUUUGCAGCAGAAAAUACUUCAGCUACAGCAGCAUCAUCAGCUUCAGCAGCAAAUUCUACGGCAACAAUAUCAUGCUCAGGAACGUCAACUUGCCGAAUUACACGAACAGCAAAUGCAUCAACUUAAGCUCUGGGAGCAGCAAAAACAGUUGGAGGAACAACGAGAGAGGAGAGAAAAGGAGAGGCUCGAAGCUCUUAGGAAAAAAGAUAAACACGAUCACAGUGCCAUAGCGUCCACCGAAGUCAAACAACGACUACAGAGUUUUCUCGUGAAUAAGAAACAAAGAGAAGCUGCGGCUGCUGCCAAUGGCGGCGUUCCAGGCACACCCGGAUACAGGAGUUGGUUGCAGCCUCAAUCGGAAUCUACGAGCACCACAAAUGUCUCCCAUCCGUACAGGAUACCGCAAAUGUUACAAGAAAAAUUCGGCGAUGAUUUUCCGUUACGAAAAACAGCCUCGGAGCCAAACCUGCUCAAGGUACGACUUAAGCAACGUGUCAUGGAGAGGAAUUUGGCUGCCUCAAGAAAUUCACCCCUGAUGGCCAGGCGCAAGGAUCGACUCCUAUCCCAUCUCAAGCGGAAAUCCCUAUUAGCAAAUUCCAGUAGCAAUCCUGAAUCUGGGCCUAAUUCACCUCCAACUGUGAACAACUCGCAGGCAAGCCCUACAGCUGGUAGUAAUACUCCGAUACAAGAGGAGGGUGAAAAUACAGCGUACGGAGGACCUUUGACAAGCAGUAGCCAACAGGGUAGUUUAUCCGAUCUAUCCUUAUUCAGUUCACCGUCCAUGCCCAAUAUUUCAUUGGGUAGACCUCAUGUUCCAUCCAGUUCAGCGAGUGCUACGAAAUUGGCACCCGUCUCGGAAGCAGAAGCAAGAGCAGCCUUGACCGCUCGUCUCGGUAUGCCGUUGACUGGACAGAUGUUACCUGGUACCUUACCAUUUUAUCCAUCUCUAACGGUUAUAGAGGGUGAACAUACUUAUAUUCACAAGCAGAUGCAAAAUUUAGAACAAAAUCGACACCAGGUUUAUCACGGAGCACCUAUAACCGAUACUCAAGUAGCACACGCAAGACUGCAUAAGGCUGGUCACCGGCCUUUAGGUAGUAGAACACAAUCGGCCCCGUUGCCUCUCGGCCAUCCGAUGCUUCAGGGCGGUAUAAUCGCGCCACCGACUCAUUACGAAGAAUAUCUAGCUGAGAAACAAAUCCAUGACCAACAACAAGCUCAUAUUUAUUUGAAACAACAAAUACGACAAACCGUCCUAACGCGAGUUGGAACCCGCGGUCAAGCCAAUCAACUCGACGAAGCCCCGGAGAGCGAGGAAUCAGAAGUUAUAGAUUUGACUGGCAAAAAAGAUCUGUCGGAGGAGAGUGAAAUUUCUAAACAACAAAGAGAAAGAGAACAAUUUUUACAACAACAGAGAGAUCUCAUGAUGCGUCACACGCUUCAAGUAAAUGAAUCUUUGGUUUACACCGGAAAUCGAUCUUCUCAUUCCGCCAGACCUUUGUCAAGAGCUCUUUCCAGCCCCCUGGUCCAUUUAGGGCCUCAGGGUGCUGGGGGAGAUGUCUUUGCUCGGGGAUCGCCGCACCGGCCAACUACAGGUCUUGCCUACGAUCCGUUGAUGCUGAAACACGCAUGUGUCUGCGGCGAAACAGUAAGGGGUCAUCCUGAACAUGGCGGAAGAUUGCAAAGUGUAUGGGCUAGACUAUCCGAAACAGCAUUACUUCAACGCUGCGAUCGCGUUAGAUCUCGUAAGGCCACUUUAGAGGAAAUACAAACCUGCCACAGCGAAGCUCACGCACUCUUAUUCGGUACAAAUCCCCUGAAUCGACAGAAGCUGGAUAUGUCGAAGCUCUCUCAAUUGCCGAUAAAGAGUUUUGUCCGGCUUCCAUGUGGCGGAGUAGGCGUCGAUUCGGACACAACGUGGAAUGAGUUCCAUACGGCCCCUGCUGCGCGUAUGGCCGUUGGAUGUGUCGUCGACUUAGCAUUUAAAACCGCGAUGGGGGACAUUAAGAACGGUUUUGCAGUUGUUAGGCCACCUGGUCAUCACGCAGAAAUGAAUCAAGCAAUGGGCUUCUGCUUUUUCAACUCCGUAGCUAUUGCCACAAGAUUAUUGCAGCAGAAACUGGACACGCGGAAGAUAUUGAUCUUGGACUGGGACGUUCAUCACGGUAAUGGAACUCAGCAAAUGUUCUACGAGGACCCCAGCGUCUUGUACCUCUCUAUCCACAGACACGACGAGGGAAAUUUUUUCCCGGGAACCGGAGGUCCCACCGAAUGCGGUGCGGGCGAAGGACUCGGUUACAACGUAAACUUGGCCUGGUCCGGCGGUUUGAACCCACCGAUGGGUGACGCCGAAUAUUUGGCCGCCUUUCGAACCGUAGUAAUGCCAAUCGCUAAGGAAUUCGAUCCCGAUAUUGUCAUCGUUUCGGCCGGAUUCGACGCUGCUUCGGGUCACGCUGCGCCUUUAGGUGGCUACAAAGUCAGUCCCGCCUGCUUUGGAAGAAUGACCCAGGAGCUGUUGACUUUGGCUGACGGUAAAGUUGUCCUGGCAUUGGAGGGGGGAUACGAUUUAGCCGCCAUUUGUGACUCUGCACAAGAAUGCGUGAGGGCCCUCCUCGGAGACGAGGUGUCGCCGUUAAGGGAAGAAGAACUGAGUAGAACGCCGUGCCAAAAUGCCAUCGAUACCCUGCAAAAAACUAUAGCGAUUCAGAUGUCCCAUUGGCCGUGUGUCAAGUUAGCCGCGCACACGGUGGGCAUGAGUGUGAUCGAAUCGAGUCAGAAAGAGCACGACGAAACAGAUACGGUUUCGGCGAUGGCUUCUCUGUCCAUGCAACAGCCCACCAAUCUCACUACCACACCAGAACAUUCCCGUGAGGUCUCCGAAGAACCAAUGGAGCAGGAUGAAGCCAAGUGAAAAGUAUGAGAUGUCAAUGAACGACCCAAAAUUGGUGAGUUAUAACCCAAUAAAUGCAGAAUUGAAACUCGUUUAUUCCCGAACUUGUCAAAUUACGGCUUCAUGCCGUCGUACGGAAAAGGCGGAUGUUUCGGGCAGGCGAUUGAAUCGAUAGGUUUGAGCUUGAAACUGUAAUACGCUUUGUGUAUCGGGGGGAUAGGAGAAAAGUAAAAGAGGAAAUUGAAGUGAUUGGUACGCGCAUGAAGGAAAUUAUAAGACAAACCAUCGUUGGUUUGUCUCUAAAAGUUGUUAGGCGAACGUGGCUGAGCUACGGAUUUGUUCAAACGCUCGGUGUUAGAUAGCCCAGGUACUAACAAAUAUUUGUUACGUUGUUGAGAUGUCUACUAUUUUCUGCUGAUAUGAGAUUUCCUGCUCGAGGCAGGUACGAAUAUAUAAAUGUCCUAUUAGGUAGAACAAUUCAUCCAUCGAAUUUGGAGCACUUUGAUGUUUCAUGUUAAAUUGCGCUAAAACCUUUUUAGAUAUGGUCAAUAUUAAGAGAAAGAGAAAUUGAAUUAAAUAAAAUUAAAUUAAAAUGAAUGUAUGCAGUUUUAUCUGCGUAUCGAGGAAUAAUUAUGCAUAGUGUUUCGUCAAUGCUGUUUAAUUUUAAAUUAAAGUUUACGAAUCGCAAAUCAUCAAGUGAUAAAAUCAAUUGUUGUCCAAAGUAUUAUUGAAUUGGCAUUCGAAAAUUUUAUUUCAUUAAUUAAUCAUAUAUUCUUAUUUCUUGGGAAAAAAAACUUGUUGAAAAUUUGAACAGUUCGUUAUAUCGGAUAUCAAAAUUUAUAUUAUACACGCGAUAUGUUAAUGAGCUUUUUUGAAUUAUUAUAGAGUAUUUUCUAAAAAAAAAAAAUCUAACAAAAAUUGAUAGUUUUUAUUGGGUAAAACUUUUUUCAAAUUAGUGUCUUGCUAGCAGACAACGAAAGGUUUUUGGAAUAUAAUUUUUAAUCUAUAAGUAAAGUCAAAUUUACGGACCAAUCGAGUUGUAUAAUCGAACUCAUUCACGGACGUUGCUACAAUAUUAAUUGGUAAUUUGAAAUUUUUUUUUUUAAACAAAAGUACACUUUCAACGCAUGAAAUACGAAACCCCCAGUCUUUUGAUGUUUAUAUUUCUCAGAUAUCGCAUUGAUGUAUCAUGAAAUACAACUCUGAUAUUACGUUUGGAAUAUAAUCGAUCUUGAAGAAAUGCAUAUAAAUUUAUAUAAAAGACAGUAGAAUUAGAUUAAAUUCUCCUUCCCUUGCAAUCUUUGCUGGGAUUUUUCUUUAUUACUAUGUGUUGUGCUGGUCACAAAACUCUUUUGAAUCGUUAUUGUGCUUUGAUAUAAGAAGUAGAACAAUUUAUUUUCAUUUCAGUUCAUUCUUUCUUCCAUUAAAGCGGGUUUCUUUUCCACAAUAAAUACUUUUGAAUGUUGUACAGCAGACGACGGUUUAAAGUAAGGAUAAAAAAAAAACAAACAUAAAACGUAAAGAAUGAAUUAAUGAAUAACAUUAAUGUCAUUACCAAUGGUGAAAAUUUUGGUGUAUUGUAUGAUAAACGUAUAAAGGAAAUAUAGUUGUUGCACAACAUGCAUAAUAACAGUUGAGAAAAAUUUAUUGAAAAAGAAAUAUUGCGAUUUCGGUGCGAUUAUAAUUUUCAAUUUCGGAUAAUUCUACCUAUAGCUAAUUUGGUUUUCUGCUGCAAACGAAGGCUGGUGCGAUUUUUGUGAUAUUUUGUAAAAAGUUAAUUGGAAAAAAAGAGAAAAAAAAAAGGAAAAAAAAAUAACUAAUAUUAAUUGAGAGCAUAAGUUGGGCGAGGGGCGGAGAGAAAAAAAAAUAUAUAUAUAUAUAUAUAAUUAAAAUACAAGCAUUUAUUUUUGUGUCGUGCAUUUUACGAAUUUAAAAAAAUAUAUAUAUAUAUAGAUAUAUACAUACAUAUAAAUGAAGAGUUAUUAUUAAACGAAUUUGAGAAACUACUACUGUAUACAUAUGUAUACACAGAUAUAGGUAAGAAUUUGAGAAACGAAUGUGGAAAAAGAUACAAAAAUUAUAUUACGUAUGAAAUAUACAAACUAUAUAUGUUAUAUAUAUAUAUGUAUAGCAUAUAAAUCUAUAUAUUAUUAAACUAUCUAAAGAGAUAGAUAUAAUAUUCUAUCACAUGAAUCUCGAGUGUCCGUUACAUGUUGCCCAAAAAUUACCGAUACCGAUGAAAGAGGAAAAGUAGAGGAACAAGUAUAUACGAAAAAUAAAAAAUAAAAUAGAAAUACAAUUACUCGUAUAUUCUAAGUGUGAGCCCAGCCUAUUCUGUGUGUAUAAUUUGAGUAAUAUGAUGUACAUGUAUAUAUAUAUGAAUACGUAUUUAUAUAUGUAUAAAUAUAAUUACGUAGAUUCACGAUUAAAAUCUAGAUGAUAAAAUCUAUUUAAAAUAUAAUAUAAAAAUAAGUGUAAAAUGUUCUAUAUCGUAGUAUCUGUUAGGCGGUAAAUUUAGGCAAUAGAUGAUAUUUAAUUAUUUGUACUUUAAUCGAAGCGAUAAUUAUUUUAUUGACGAUUCAGUUCUGGCUUAGUCACAAAUCAUAAGAAAAAAAAGGUAAAAAAAAAAAACUUCAUUUUGACUCGAUGUUGUUGUGCAUAACAAAUGUUAGUCGUUCAUGUGAUUGUUGUGUAGUGAACAUCGAGGAUUACUCAUGUGCUAAAUGUGAUUUGAAAAAAAAAAAAAAAAAAAAAACUACAUGCAAAUUCAGAGCCAGCUAUCCCUAGCUGGGAGAAAGCUGUGCUGCCUGGAUAAGGCCUAUUGAGUUUAAUUCACGUUUCUUCGAUAGACUUUUUCUUUUUAUUUUACAAAAUUUUGAUGCCGUUGUUGAAUUCUUUUUUAUUUUAAUUGUAUAUAUACAUAUUUUUAUCGUUCUUGGUUCAAUAUCAAGUCGUAUUUUUGCCAGAAAGUUGACUAAGUUUUUGGUUAAAACAAUUAAAACUAUGACAUUCCGGGUAUCAUUCAUAGCAAACUGAUACAAAUUAGGUAAACGAAAUAGGUAUCACGAGAAUAGAAUGUAAGUUACAUAAAAAAUAUAUAUUCUAUUGAAACACAUGCACCGAGUAAUUUCUAUAUUACUUGACUUUAUUGUAAUAGUCCUAAAUUUUUUAUGUAUAUAAAUGUACCUUACAUUAAUUUUAAAUAAAAAAAUAAUCAUUGUGUUAUUCGAUAAUACACUAUUCUUGAAUAUCGUGUAUCAUCGAGAAUGCUAUUCCUAACGACCGCAUUACUCUGAUUGUUCAAUCGAAUAGAAAGACUGUUCAUUUUCAAAUUUAGCGACCGAACUUUGAUUUUUCUAGGUUCCAAAUUCUUAGAUCAAAUCGUAACUAUUCUUGUAUCGUAAAAAAAAUGUAUAUUGUCAAUUCUAGUAAAAUUUGGGGACUGGAAUAACGAGCCUUGCCCUGUUACCUAAUCUUUAUAUAUUUCGUUGAUAUUCUAAGAUUCGAGUUUCGCGUGUUUCCGAAUUCCUUUUUACGCCUUCUUUUAAAGAAAUAUUUGAUACGUGGGGUUGAAAAUGAGUUUAAUGCGGUACAGGAAAUAUGUAAUCAUUUUGUAUGUUUAUUGUUAAAGAGGUUCAGAGAUA